AUGGCCGCCGCCGCACCGCCACCACCACCGAGCCCAGCCCCAGAGGCACCCAACGACGUGCCCCAAGGCUCGACCCCAAGGGGCCACCCACUCUUCGCCAGAAUCCGCUUAGCCCACCCCACCGACGUCCCCCACAUCCACAAGCUCAUCCACCAGAUGGCCGUCUUCGAACGCCUCUCCGACCAGUGCAUCGCCACCGAGGCCUCUCUUUCCUCGACCCUCUUCACCUCCCCACCCUUCCAGUCCUUCACCAUCUUCGUCCUCGAAGUCUCGCACACGCCUUUCGUCGAACACCUUCAGUACAACAACCCAGCCUACCCGCCCAUCACCAAAGUCGUCAAUCUUGACCUUCCGAUUAACGACCCAGACCGCGAUUUGUUCAGAUCCAACGGUGGGGUUCUUGGCGGCGAUGCCUGCGUUGCUGGGUUCGUGUUGUUUUUCCCGAACUACUCGACUUUUCUGGCGAAGCCUGGGUUUUACAUAGAGGACCUGUUUGUGAGGGAGUGUUACAGGAGGAAAGGGCUUGGGAAGAUGCUCCUUUCAGCUGUGGCUAAGCAGGCUGUGAAGAUGGGGUAUGGGAGAGUGGAGUGGGUUGUGCUUGACUGGAACGUGAAUGCUAUCAGGUUUUAUGAGGAAAUGGGUGCUAAGAUCUUGCAGGAGUGGAGGAUUUGCAGGCUCACUGGUGAUGCUCUCAAUGCUUAUGUUAAUGCCCAGCUCUAG